CUCCAAUCCGCACCAUCUCCCCACUUAAUAAGCAUGGCAUCUCAGAGAACGCCUUUCUCUCUCUACUUCCUUCUCAUCUCUCUCCUCUCUCUCUCCUCCGAAACCCGAAACGUUACAGCCCGAGACACCGAAACUCCAAGCGAUCUCGUUCGGGCCUCUUGCACUCACGCCCGAUACCCGACCCUCUGCAUCCAGAGCCUCUCCUCCUACGCACCUUCCCCCAAAAACCCCAACGAUCUCGCCCAGGCCGCCGUUUCGGUCACCCUCUCCCGCGCCCGACACGUUUCGGCCUUCGUUUCUCGGAUCCUCAGUACCCGAAGCCCCGGCAAGAGGGAGCGAAACGCCCUCUCGGACUGCGUCGAGCAGCUCUCGGAUUCCAUCGACGAGCUCCGGCGGACCCUGUCGGAGCUCCGGCACCUCCGUGCAGGGACGUUUCGGUGGCAGAUGAGCAACGCUGAGACGUGGGUCAGCGCCGCGUUGACCAACGAGGACACGUGUCUCGACGGCUUCCAGAGCGUCGCCGGGAGCGCGAAGACGGCCGUGCGGAAGAAGAUCAGGAAUGUCGCACGUGUCACCAGCAACGCCCUCUAUCUCAUCAACCGAGUGGCUCAGACAAGCGGGCGCGGCACCUGAUGAAGAUGGACGGCUUGGAUCUCCCGUUAGCUCGCGUGUUUUCUUUCUUAACCAUGGAAUGCUAACUGCACUCGCAUCACACGUGCAAAUGCGGGACACGCGUACGACAUCCCAUCUGUCAAUCAACUUGUAGUUGCCAUCCUUCAAACAUCUGACGGAUAUGAUCAUCUAUAGGGUGUGCCAUCUACAUCACCUGAUGAACGGCUCGGAUUCGCAAACGUGUCCCUCAUUUACGCGUGCGAAGCGAGUGCACUUAGCAUUUCUCAUUAUAUAUUAGCCCGUUAAUGGCCCAAGAGCGGGAAAUACUAAAAUCGAGUUUUAUUAGGAGAAAUGAUAUUUACACCCCCAUCUUUUGAAACACGCUCCUGUUUGCUUUCUCAAGAAAUAAAGGAGAAAGGAAAUGGCGUGCAUACACAAAAAGCGGGGUGUAAAUAUCAGCUACCUUUGUUGUGAGUUUUGUUCCAUGUAUGUAAAUGUAAUAUUGUAAUAACCAAUCUAUGAAUAGUAAGGGCAUUUUGGGCAUAA